AUGGUUUCAGUUCAUAUGGAAUCCGUAAAGCCUCAAGUUUGCAGUAAUCUCCUUGGCCAAAACGAUAAUGUUGCACUAAGUAAUCUAAUCCAAGCGGUAGUAGACUCUCCAAACUCUGAGAAGUUGUCAUCUUUGAGUUCAAAUUUUGACGAAUUAGUACAAUGUAGAGCCGGCCCACCUUUUGAAACCAUCUGGUUUUACUCAGCUCUACGUUUUCGUGGCUUCAGCUCACCAGAAAAUGACCCUUCUAAAAGAGUUGAUGCCAAAAAAGAUUUGUUUCAACUUACAGUUUCUUGUUCUGCUUCAUGUAAUCCUUUUAAAAGCAUUUCCUUAAUUGCACCCGUUAUAUAUAAUGUGGUUAGGAUGGCAAUGGGUUUGAAAGCUAAGAAAGAGAAGAAAUUUGGGAGAGAGGUAAAGGGUUUAGUUGAUUCAGUUCUUGGGUACGUUAAUGUAUGCUGUGAGGGUAUAGAGAAAAGUAGUUGUGAUGUUCCAGAGGGAUUGGUUAGGCCAGUGAGGGAGCUAGUGGAUGUUUGGAUGUGGGAUAAUAAAGGAUGUGUGAGAGAUUUUCUUCCACUUUUGACUGGUGAGGUUGUUGAAAGGGUAAGUGCUGAAGGGUGUGAGUUGAGCGCAUUGGCUGGUUGUGUGACCACGGUGGCAUUCUUGCUGAAGUUAUGCUUGAGGUUUUUGGAAGAUGGUUCGAGAAAAGAAUUUCAGGACGAGUUGAGCAUGUGGAUCAUUACUUCCAUCACUGGGUUUCGGAAUCCAUACUUCUUUGAGACCCUUUCAAUGAUGCUGCUGGAGCCAUCUCUUCCAACAGCCUCCCUACUGUUUGAGCUCCACUUGGCCGCUGUAGCUUUUAUUCAAAUAGAAAGAGUUAAAAUAUGCGCAAAGAAGCUUCUUGAGAGGCUUCAAGUUGAAGUUGCCCAAUUAUGCUUUUAUGCUGUUUUGAGGAUUCAACAGACUUCCCUCUUAUUUUCACCUCCAAUUACCCUGCAGAAUUCAGAUGAUGAGAAGUGUUUAAGAAAGAUACUCUAUAAUGCCGUGGUGCUGGUGGAAUAUUCUUUCCUAAAGCCUGAGCGAAUGGAUCAGCUCUCUACCAAGCAUGUGAAACGUAUUAUCAUGACAAGACUGUUACUUACUGCUGAAGCUAUUGAGUUGCAUAGAAAACAGAAGGACCAGAGGAAAGCAAUUUCUUACACAAAUGUCUUUUCUGGUUCUACUUUACCUUCUUCGAUAAUCAUGUGGAUCAGAAGUGCGAUUGGUACAGAAGACAAAGCUAGUGAACCAAUUAGUUCAUCCCCUGCUGCAUUAUUGAGGUGGAUUCUAAAGAUAGGACAGCAUGGUGUAAGAAUCUUUGAUAAUAACAUGUCAAAAACCCGAGCUAAAUUGCUGCUAGAUAGUAUGACGGAGGGCUUUGGACAACCAAUUUCGAAAGAUGGCAAGGAAAAAUUAGACACUGAUCUUCUGUUCUACAUUGAUAAUAAGGCAGAAGAAGAUGAGGAAGAAGGUGAUGAACAGAUGAAUGAAUCUACUAGUGCUGCAUUUGUUGCUGCUGACCACACAAUGCAGUCAGCAGAACCUAAAAGACAAAAGCGCAAAGGAAAAGAUUUAGAACACAACAGCAGGGUGAAGUUCCUCAAGUACAGCCUUCAUGAAAAUUCUGGUUCACGAGAAGGUCGGUCGUCAGUUGCAGAUAGUGAUGAUUCAAGUAGCGGGAGUGAGGUGGAGAACUGA